AUGGAGAAACCUUGGAAAUGUGAGGACUGUGGUAAAAGUCUCAAUUACUCAUCCCUGCUGGAAAACCAUCAACGUAUUCACACUGGGAAGAAGUCAUUCAGUUGUUCUGUAUGUGGGAAGGGAUUCACUCGGUUCAUAUCUUCAUCUGACCUGAAUAUACACCAGCGAGUUCAUACGGGGGAGAAGCCAUUCAACUGUUCUGUGCAUGGGAAGGGAUUCCCUCAUUCAUCUGGCCUUCGAUCACACCAGCAAAUUCAUACUGAGCAGAAACUAUUUGGCUACACCUCCUGUGGAAAGAAGUUCAGACAUUCAUCUGUCCUCAUUGGACACCAGCGAGUUCACUCUGGAGAAAAGCCAUUCACCUGCUCUGUAUGUGGGAAAGGGUGCAGUCAAUCAUCCAGUUUGCUGAGACAGCAGCGAGUUUACCCUGGAGAAAAGCCGUUUAGCUGCACUUCCUGUGAGAGAGAUUUUUGGCAGUCGUCCACCCUCUUUGCACACUAG